AUCAAGGACUUUGUUCAAGCUUUCCCAAAUAAGGACAGCCAAGGAAGAAAGAAGGAACGUCACUCUCGAUGGCUUCUUCAAAGGGAUGGCUGAGCAAUCUUCCUAUCCUCGCCUCUCGAAUCUAUUUCUUCAUCAUCAUCCUUCAGAUCCCACUCUUCAGGAUCCCAUGCAGAUCUGGGAUGUGUACAACACCAGUGGAGGUGACUUCUUCCCAGUUACUUGCAAGUGAGAUCUUCCCGACGACAGCAGUGAAAGCCUUACUCUACCCCGGAGCCGUCGUAAAUGGUCUCAUCUCAAACAUGACCAUCCCUCAGUGGGAUAACAUCCUAACCAUAUAUAACCUCACAGAUGUGAAGAAUGCAUCCGCAAUCACCGAUCUUCAGCGCCUAGAGGUUCUUGCAGGGAGCUACUUCUCUGUGGCUGGUGCCUUUGUGGGUCUCAUGAAACCGGGGAGGAUGACAAUGUUCGGCACGCUUUUGGUAGUCUGGGGCCUUGUCAAGGAAGGCAUUCUCGGGAAACCUGUAAACACAGACCCGAAAACAGCUGUUUAUGUCUACCCGACAAUGUUACUUGCAUUGAUCUGUGCCUUCUCGUCUAUAAAGUAUGACGCGAAGAAGGUAGUCAGAAGUAGCCCAGCUAGACCCAUUGCCAAACCAUUGCAGAGCUCUUCAAAAUCCAAACUGAAAUGAGUCAUUUGUAACUUGAUGUUGUAGUGAUUUUGACUGGAAUACAUUUCCGUUUUAUUUGAUUGAGGAACUUUAGUUUCUGUUCACUGAAAACAUGAAAAUCACGUUGCAGUAA